CACACUCUCUCUCUCUCACACACACGCACACACUCUCUCUCUCACACACACGCACACACUCUCUCUCUCACACACACAUCAACAGCCCCAAACUGGCAUGGAAUAAAUUGUCAAUUAACCAAUCCAAUAACCCUGUUACACUUUAAGCCAGUGUCCUAUUGGUGGGUCUUUUCUAAGACAAGUCCUCGUCUCGUCUUCUGGAUCUGCAAAAAAUGGCCAAGUGGGCGUUGUCUCUGACUCAGGUCAUCUUUUUCUCUCUCUAGGGUUUGUGUCUUUAUCAUCUCCAAAUUUGGCAAAGAACCACCAUCUUUGUCCAAAACCGGUCCCAGAAAAAGGGUUUUUCAACACUUCCAUUUCAUUUCAUUGUAUGCUGGUUUAUUCUGUGAGGUGGGUCUGUUGAUUAUUGCUUCCUCUGUGUGAUAAUAAACCUACGUGUACACGACGAGAUGACGAGAGAGAAGAUUCAGAUCAAGAAGAUCGAUAACACAAGCGCGAGGCAGGUUACUUUCUCCAAGAGAAGAAGAGGGCUUUUCAAGAAGGCUGAAGAGCUCUCAGUUCUCUGUGAUGCUGAUGUUGCUAUCAUCAUCUUCUCCUCCACUGGGAAGCUCUUCGAGUACUCCAGCUCCACCUCCAGCAUGAAGGGAAUUCUGGAAAGGCACAAUUUGCACUCAAGGAAUCUUGAGAAACUGGAGCAACCCUCUCUUGAGCUGCAGCUUGUAGAGAACAGCAACCAAUCCACGCUAAGCAAGGAAAUGACAGAGAAAAUCCAUCAGUUAAGGCAGAUGAGAGGUGAGGAACUCCACGGGAUGAGUAUCGACGAAUUGCAACAGCUAGAGAAGUCCCUUGAAGCUGGAUUAAGCCGUGUGAUACAGAAAAAGGGUGAGAGGAUUAUGAAAGAGAUCAGUCAACUGCAACAAAAGGAACUGGAACUCACGGAAGAGAAUGAGCGACUAAGACAGCAGGUGAUGGCGGAGGCAUCCAAUGGUCGAAGGCACAUUAUGACUGAUUCGGACAAAAUACUCUGCGAGGAAGGCCAAUCAUCAGAGUCAGUAACCAAUGUCUGCAGCUCCAUUGGCCCUCCACAAGACUAUGAAAGCUCGGAUACAUCGCUCAAGUUGGGGUUGCCUUACUCAGGCUGAACGGGAAGGGCGAAGAAAGGAGCUUUUAUCAGUGAAGUAAGAACAAUGCUUCAUGUUUACCCUUGCGGAAUAUUUACUAGUGUGGAUUGGGAUUGUGAAAACUAACAGAAAAAAGUCAUAGAUAUAUGACUACAAGUGUGUUUGAGAGGUAUUUGGAAACUUUGUCUAAAUGUUUCAUUUUUCUUGUGUAUGAUGGCUUUUGCUAAUGUAUGGAGUUCAAG